UUGACGCACCGCACCGCACCGCCCCUGGCGCUCCAGCUGUUCCGACCGCUGUCCGCCUGCUGUCUCCCCGCUGCUCGCUGCUGCUGCCUGCCCUCAUUUCCAAUGCAGCAGCGACCAUGACAGGCAUCGCCGCUGCUUCUUUCUUUUCCAACGCUUGCAGGUUCGGGGGCUGCGGACUUCACUUCGACUCUCUGGCCGAGCUAAUCGUGCACAUCGAGGAUAACCACAUCGACACAGACCCCCGACUUCUGGAGAAGCAGGAGCAGCAGCAGCCGACAUAUGUUGCCCUCAGCUACAUCAACAGGUUCAUGACAGAUGCUGCGCGGCGAGAACACGAGACCCUAAAGAAGAAGGUGCAGCCCAAGUUGUCUCUGUCUCUGACAGGCAGUCUGUCUCGCAGCAGUGUUUCCACUCCGCCUCGCCACACCAGUGGAAACCUCACACCUCCAGUCACCCCCCCGAUCACCCCUUCCUCUUCCUUCCCCAGCAGUACGCCUACAGGUAGCGAGUGUGAUGAGGAGGAGGUCGACUUUGAGGAGUCUGACAGUGAUGAGUCGUGGACCACAGAGAGCGCAAUCAGCUCCGAGUCCAUCCUCAGUUCUAUGUGCAUGAACGGUGGAGACGAGAAGCCUUUUGCUUGCCCCGUGCCAGGCUGUAAAAAGAGAUACAAGAAUGUAAACGGGAUCAAGUAUCAUGCCAAGAACGGCCACCGAACCCAGAUAAGGGUGCGCAAACCCUUCAAGUGCCGGUGUGGGAAGAGCUACAAAACGUCUCAGGGUCUCCGCCACCACACCAUCAACUUCCACCCACCCAUCUCUACUGACAUCAUCCGCAAGAUGCAGCAGUAGAGACCGAGUGAGCAACCAGCAUUCUCCCUCAGGCCACUUCCCAACCAUCUGAACACCACCAUCACCAGCAAUGGCUGUUUCUCAUCUCCCCCCCCCAUCCUUAAAACCCCUUUUAUUUCUCUCUUGCUAUGACACUAUUUUUGAUUGCAUGUAUAAAUGUGUUAUUAUUCAUCCUUAACUUCUAUUCUGAAUGUUGAAUUUUUAUAUAGUUCGUUUUGUAUUUUGCACAUUUAGGCUAUCAUUUAUCUAUUUCACUUAAUUUUUUUUAACAUAUGGUGCUCGUUGAUGAUGAGGGCUUCUUGUAGACCAGAGAACGGCCGCACCAAGUCACGAGUAGCCUUGCAUGUACAGUAGGGCUUUUGUAAAGGCAGUGUGAAGUCAGAGGAAACUGAGGAAAGAUUUGGAUGUUUUUUUUUAGAAAAAGGACAUUACCUUGCCUAUCUCAUUUGUUCCUAAAAAUGGGCAAAAAGGCAAAUGAAAACAAUUAGAAUGUGUUUCAUUGUCUCAGAGUUAAUGUUAAUCAGUUUUUCCUUUUUCAUUCAUAUCACAAGUAUUCCAAACCUUUUUUCAUCUAUUUUACUACUUUAUGAUCUCAGGUGACGUUUUCAAGCAUUUCAGCACCAGAAUCCUGCCCAAGUUUUCCGAUAGUAUUUAAGCUGUUAUGUGGAAUCAUGGGAACUCUUGUGUGUCAUUCAUUGUUGCCUAAUGUUCUUGGCCACUUUCUGAAGACUUAAGCAGUUUUCCUUGCUGUUUUACAGUGAAAGAUUGAAGCACUUUUUGUAACAAGUUGCCAACAAAUUA